CUCAGACCAGGACAGCAGGCCUUGCCUCAGACCAAAAGCCACUAGGAAGAAGCCACGUCUGCCUUCAGUGACACCCACAGAGGGAGUGCUGAGAGAAGCAUUCAGAUGCAUGACACGAGGUAAGAUGGCCAAAAUGCGUUUUGCUCUCUUUGGUUUAUUCUCUAUUUUAUUUUUAGAACUUUUGAGAGUGAAAUGAUGACACCUAGAAAUUCAGUGAAUGGAACUUUCCCAGCAGAGCCUACGAAAGGCCUGAUUGCUAUGCAACCUGGUCAGAAACCAAUCCUCAAAAGGAUGUCUUCACUGGUGGGCCCCACACAAAGCUUCUUCAUGAGGGAAUCUAAGGCUUUGGGGGCUGUCCAGAUCAUGAAUGGACUCCUCCACAUUGCCCUGGGGGGUCUCCUGAUGAUCCCCGUGGGAGUCCACGCCCCCAUCUGUAUGGCUGUGUGGUACCCUCUCUGGGGAGGCAUUGUGUACAUUAUUUCUGGAUCACUCCUGGUAGCAGCAGAGAAAAACCCCAGGCAGAGUUUGGUCAAAGGGAAAAUGAUAAUCAACUCAUUGAGCCUAUUUGCUGCCAUUUCUGGAAUGAUUCUUUUGAUCAUGGAUAUACUUAACAUUAAAAUUUCCCAUUUUUUAAAAAUAGAGAGGCUGAAUCUCAUUAAAUCUCCCAUACCAUAUGUUAACAUAUACAAUUGUGAACCAUCUAAUCCCUCUGAAAGAAACUCUCCAUCUACACAGUACUGUUACAGCACACAAUCUGUUUUCUUGGGCAUUUUGUCAGUGAUGCUGAUCUUUGCCUUUUUCCAACAACUUGUGAUAGCGGGCAUCAUUGAGAAUGAAUGGAAAAGAUCAUGCUCCAGAUCGAAAGCUAAUGUAGUUCUCCUGUCAGCUGAAGAAAAGAAAGAACAGACUAUUGAAAUAAAAGAAGAAGUGGUUGAGCUAACUGAAAUAUCCUCCCAAACAAAGAAUGAAGAAGACAUUGAAAUUAUCCCAGUCCAAGAAGAAGAAGAAGAAGAAACAGAAAUAAACUUUCCAGAACCUCUCCAAGAUCAGGAAUCCUCACCAAUAGAGAAUGACAGCUCUCCUUAAAUG